CAUCAGCACUAUGAUGUGGUGCAACAAACCAAUCCUGAGAUGACACAUGUCUUAUUUUAUCAAAAGCAAAAAUCUUAAUCCUGAUUUUUCCUUAAUCUCUGUCCCAAAUCUGGCCGUCCAUAAUAAUCGAUCCCACUUUUCUAGGAUUCACGUUCUUGCUCCAACCAUUCACGCGGCGGAGAAGGACUUGCUAUGACGAAGAAAGAUGAAGGAAAACGAACCCACAUGUUAGUUCCUUUUGUUCUGCAAUUUGUUUAGGUUUUUUCAAUCCAGAGACUCUUUCAGUUUUUAUUUUAUCUUAUUAUUUUAAAAUAAUACUAAUGGCAUCUUCAAACAUGAAAGAAAAUUUCCAGUAUGAACCAAGUAAGAAGCACUUUAUUAUUGAAUUAAUGAUUUUUUUUCCUCCCGGGAUAUAACUAAUGAUUCUUUUAAAUUUCAAUGGGGGGAAUUAUUAGUCUGCUAUUGUUAAGAUUUAAGAGAGGAAGUGAGGCCAUUUUGGAAUUUAAAGCAAAAGAAGAAGCAACUAAAGAUGGUGAUUGAGGGUCGAUGGAUGAAGGAGAGGAUAGAAAGAUGCGUGUAUCUAGCUUUUGUGAAGUCAAGAUGAUUUUUUUGAAGUUACUCCGCAAAAUGAAGCAAAAAAUCCAGAUCUAUCAUUAUAUAUCGGGAAAGCAAAAAAUCCAAGUGAUCUAAUUUGCUUUGGCCAUGAUGAAAACAAAAUUUGUAGAUUGCACAACAAUUCCAAAAAAAGAAUUCUAGAUGAAAAAUAUAUUGGACUUCGAUUAUUUUAGAAGUUUUCAUCGGCCUCUGAAAACGCCCGUGAACCGUAAGAACAGAGAAAGAUGUCUGGGAUCGGCAGUUACGGACGGCCGGACUUAGGGGCAGAGGUUAGCUAAGGAAAAAUCAGAAUUAAGAUUUUUUGCUUUUAAUAAAGUAGGGCAUGUGUCAUUACGGGAUUGGUUUGCUGCACCACAUCAUGGUGCAGCUGCUUCACGGAAUAUUUUCUCGUUGUUUACACCAUCAUUUGGGAUGGAGAAACGACCAUGUGACACCUGUUUGUUUACUUUUUUGGAUGGUUUUUUUCAGAUUAUUUUAAUAGUAAUUGUUCUAUUUUAGUAUAUUUUUUUUUACAUUUCUAAUAGACUAAAUAUCUUAAAAAAAAACUAAAAAAUGAAACAAACAUAUCGAAUUACUUGUUGGAAUACUAAAAGUAGAUCGACGCAAUCUAUCUUGGAUUACCUUGAUAUACAAACUCUUUUGGACUUUUAUAUAUCGUUCUGUUCAUGAGAUAAAAAAACUAAGUAGUAGUAUACGGUAAAUCAUCAUAUGUAACUGCGGAACAAAUUGGAGUGCGAGCAUUUGCAAUCUGAGUUUAGAAUCCCUCUUUAUCAUCUUGAGUAAGCAUUUAUUUGGGAUUUAAACCCGAUGGCUACAGAUGGAAUUGUUAUGUUGGCUUCUUGGUUAAUUAUGCUGGCAACUUUAAUGGUACUUCAAACUACUAAUGUGAAUGCUUCACGGGUGGAGGAGUUAUGCAAUUUAGAACCCGGGGACAACUUUCUCUUCUGCGUAGAAUGCUUAAAAGGAAAAGGUCAUCAUAAUAGUACCCACCAUAUCCAAGGGGAAACUCAGGACCAAAAGUUUGGACGGAAAUCCAUAGAUUGUGCUCGUCGUUCGACGGUGAUUGCUCAAGAUGCCAUGGAAGCAUUGUCGAACAAUACCGGGGGAAAACUGCAGGAUGCGGCGAGAUUUUGCUCGUCCAAACUCGGGGUCGUGGUGAGCUGGUUUGAGUUGGCGCUGACGUGGUGGUCGUAUAAACGUAAAUCCGACACGUUGAGAUGUAUCCGGGGUGGACAAGAUGAAUAUCAUCAAUGCGCCGUGGAAAUUUCCGAUGAGGAAAUACCACCUGCGCUGGACCGAAUGCUCGAUUGUACUAGAGCACGUAGUGAUGUUGCAUAUACGCUUAUCAAAUCAAUUAUAGUUUAGUUAGCUCUGUAUUUAUGUACCCUAAUUGAAAUAAUAACAAAAAAUUAAGAAAGCAAGC